GGACGGUUUUUAACGAUGCAACAUGGACUUUAACUGGUUAAUUGUUUUGAUUUAGCCCGCUAGCUUCCCUGGGAAAUACUUGCUGUUGUUCUCAUAAUUGUGAGCGAUGUAAGUGAUUUUAGCGUACUGGAACAUUCUCCCUAAUGUAAACUAUUGUGUCUUCGUCUGAUUUUCGGUGGAGUCUUUUUAAAAAAAAUAUGUUUUUCACUAACGGAGCUAACGUUAGCUGGCCGGCUAACACGGUUUUGGUAACAAACAUGACGAUGAUGGUGAUGCUAACGAUGAUGAGGAGGAGCUGCGUGUAGAAAACACCGACCAGACAUUGGAUCGCGCCGAUUUCCUGCCUGUCAAUCAUUGUUCUCCAGGGUUUUUCUGUCUUUGUGUCUGGCUAGCCAGUAAACGGGACUUAACACCAGUUUUUUAUUAUUUUUUUUUUAAAGAAAUCAUCCGGCUGUUUUUAUCUUUGGAGCAGUGAGUUGAACCUCCGUCACUUUCUUCCGAUGGGGGAGGAAAAGCCGGACACGCUGGACUUUGUGAAGGAUUUCCAGGAGUAUCUCAGCCAGCAGACUCAACAUGUCAACAUGAUAUCAGGCUCUGUGAGCGGGGUCAAGGAGGUGGACGAGCUGCCAGCAGAAUGCAGCCAGAAUGGCCUGGAACAUCCUUCGGUGGACAUAUCCCUGGAGGACAGCUCAGGGAUCCUGGUUGAUGGUUUCGAGAGGACCUACGAUGGCAAACUCAAGUGCCGCUACUGCAACUAUGCCACGAGAGGAACAGCCCGACUCAUUGAACACAUCCGCAUUCACACAGGAGAGAAGCCUCACCGCUGCCACCUGUGCCCAUUUGCCUCCGCCUACGAGCGCCACCUGGAAGCUCACAUGCGCUCUCACACGGGCGAGAAGCCUUACAAAUGUGAGCUCUGCUCGUUCCGCUGCAGCGACCGCAGCAACCUGUCGCACCAUCGCCGCAGACGGCACAAACUCCUGCCAAUGAAAGGUGCUCGCUCCCUUUCCCAUAAGAAGAUGCUGAGUGUCCUGCAGAAGAAGGCCAGCUCUCUGGCCUACGGUCGACGUCUCCUCAUCAACUUCAGCCCCCCGUCGAUGGUGGUGCACAAAGCUGACGGGGCCAACGACUUCUCCCACGAGCUGCCCCACUUGCGCCAAGAAACCUUCGACAACCAGAGCCGGGCGGCUGAGGACGGGCUCUCCUCUGACCCAAACCACCAUCUCCACCAUGAGAUGGUGAUGGAUAACCCUCUGAACCAGCUGUCCACCCUGGCAGGCCAGCUGGCCAGCCUUCCCUCAGAAGCCCAGGCUCAGACCCAGCCUCCCAUGUCUCCUGGAGCAGAGUCCGUAGUGGACGAAAAGCCCUUUCUCAUUCAGCAGCCGCACCCCGCCACCGCCCCUGUUGCCGUCACGGCCAGCAUGACUCGUGCCGCUUCCUCUUCCCCGAUCACCCCGGAGCCCCGCGCCCCUCCGCACAGUAACUGCAGUCCCACGGGGGGACCGUGCAGCGAGCACAGCGGGCGCACCAGCACCCCGAGCAUAUCCAACAGCCAGCCCAGCACCCCGGCCCCGGGCCAGUCCGCCCCCGUUCAGGACCCCCACGUGCUGCAUCACUGCCAACACUGUGACAUCUACUUCCCCGACAACAUCCUCUACACCAUCCACAUGGGGUGCCACGGCUACGAGAACCCAUUCCAGUGCAACAUCUGCGGCCACAAGUGCAAGAGCAAGUACGACUUUGCCUGCCACUUCGCCCGGGGGCAGCACAAGUGAUCGCAGAACGGGGGGGAAAAAAACUCUUGAGAACUCUUUUAGCACACCGCUUGUUUUUACUUACUAGGAGUUUUAUUUAUCGGUAUUUCACUUGGCCUGUAUGUAGCAUAGGCUUUUAAAGUUAUACUUGCACAGGGCAACGUUGGCAUUCAGAACGUUAUUUUUUAGAUAUAGCUAAAGGUGCCCCGUUCUAGUGUGUUACAAAGGAAUAAUCAGUGUUUUUGACAUCUCAAGAAUUUAUUUGCAGGUGGUGGUGGUAGAAGUCACAUUUAUUCUGGAUCCUUUUCCCUAUGUGGUUUAUUUAUUUGGAAUGCACUGGAUUUGACUCAAACUUGCAUAUGUGGAUGCGUUUUAGCAAAUAGCAAUCUCCUAAAUAUUCAAUCAGUUUUCUAUGUUGAAUUUUAAACGUACAAAGUUUUAAUAGAUUUGUGAACAGAAAAUUACAUCAAGUUGAAAGUCACCUGUGCAACAUGAGUUUUCCAGGUCGUAUUUUUUAAUUUGCACUCGACACCUUUUCCUUUGGGGAAAAACUCAGUGCCCAUCAGAGGUUUACAUGCACUCAGCUUCGUAUGAAUGUCUUUGAUUUUGGGUGUUUAAUGAUUCAUUUGAACUCUUCUCCAAAACGGAUUCAUUAUAAAACACAAAACUUUAGUGAACCUCAGAAAGACAAAUUGGGUGCACACUGUUACAUUUACGGUGGCCAAAUUAUAUAUACAGUCUCAUAGAUAAACACACUCCAAAUAAUAUGUAUUUGCAUUGCUCAUAACUACGUUUUUUUUGUAGCUAUCGGCAAACUUUCGGUUCUGGCUGAAAGUCUUGCUACUGUUUGUGUCAGGAUUGGUUGGUUGUUUUUGAAUUUUUUGGUUUUCUGGUUUAAAUGCUGCUUUAAAAGGUUGUCCACAGAUUCAGAGUCGAGGUCUCGCUUUUGGACAUCUAUCCAGAAGGAACAUGUUUUAUAGAUUCUGGAACCAUUUUUUUUAAUAGAAUAUUUAAGAUCGUCAUAAUGUUGGAAAAAAAAAAACUGUUUUGUCAAAAUUGUAAGCGUCUGAGCUCAGUCUGCAUCACUAAUGGCUCCUAUCUCCACCAGUUUAAAAUUUGCUUAAAGAUAAAUGAACUUUUGUACUUUAGAAAGAAAACUGUCAAUUUUUCAGCCAGGACUGGGCCUAAAGAAAGCACGGCCAUGACUGCAAAAAGUGCAUCAACUUGCUGCAGCAUAUGCAUCUAAUUUUGACAUUAUGUGGAUUAGAAAACACUACAGUAUACAAAAACUUUUUUUUUUUUUUUCUAAAUUACUGUCGUUUUGUAAUCAUUCCACCUUGGGGGGAAAAGAAAACUGUUCAGCUAAACCAUUAACUGCCUUAAAAACAAUUUGAGGUGUCUGCCUGUGUUUAGUGCUCGUAAACAUCUGACUUGGCACUGAGCAAAUCAGGCGAUCCGGUUUUUAUAUUUUUACAUCUUUGACAACACCACAAAAAUGAAGUCUCAACACACCCAAAGUUACUUCUACUUACUCCUCAGAUAUUUACAGUUGGCCUUAUUGAAGCCGUGUUGAAAUUAUUUCUGUGCUCGGUGCAUUACUACGAUUUCUUUGCAGUGCCUGACAUUGUCAUGUUUUUUUGUUUUUUUUGUGUGUCAAAAGUUUGAGACGACUGCCAUUUUAAAAAUACUAUUUCCUGUUUGUGUUACAGCAGCUAGACCCAGAACCUUAUGGAUAACAGGAGAGUCGGUUGUUGCGGUUCGAUUGUGGUUGCCGUGAUUGUAUUUCUCAACAUUUUUCUGGCCAAAAUUUCUUCUCCAUGAAUGCUGCUAACUAACCUAAGAGUUCAUGCCAGCUCUGUCUGGCACAAGAAAAGUGGCAUCAAGCAGUGAAACCUGGCCAAAGCUUGUAUAAGACGGCGUUUGGUCAGGAAGUGUUUUAAGGUUCCUCCAUCAUGAUAGCGUGGUUAACUUGUUUCUUUUAAUUCGUUUUGUCCGAAUUACAUUUUUUUUUUUUUUUUUUUUACAGCAUCAUGUCACCGUCUGACUUUUUUGACAUUGUAUGAAGUCAUUUUGUAACAAGUGUCUCCGUAUUUAAAUACAAAAUCAAACUUGUGUCUCAUAUGAACACUGUUUCAGGAUUGCCACGUAGCACGAUCUAGCCUUUGGUAGUUCUCGAUGAAAUCUUUCAUUAAAUAUAAGUAUCCCAGUGCUUUUUACUUUGAAUAUUUAUUGAGUAUUAUAUUCUGAAUGGUUGGAUAGAUGUUCCAUGUUAAAAAAAAAAACAAAAACAAAAAGCUUAACUGUGUUGGCUGUAAGACUUCAGCAAGGUUGUCCUUUGUCUCGGGUACUGUUGUCUGUUGCUUACCAACACACGUAGAGGGUGGAGUUGCUGUUUUUAGAAGCACCACCUUGUUAUUGUUCUUAAAUUCAAUGGAGACAUUCAGUAAAAGGCUGCCUUAUGUUCUCUGUCUGUCGUAGAUUCAUGAAUGUUAAACUUCUGACCAUCACCGUCUCCCUGAGCUGAGAUGGCAGAAGAGUUUCUUGUGAUAUGGAUUACUAAUUUAUAAGUAAAGUGUUUUCUAACCGACUUGA